AUGAGAAUAUCACUGCUAUCGUUGGCGGCCACCGCCUUUGCACUUCCUGCCCAGGAUGUCCUCGAACCAAGGGCGACUGGAUCUCUCGACUCGUGGCUGGCUGCAGAGAGCCCCGUUGCUUUACAAGGCAUACUGGCCAACAUUGGGGCGAACGGAGCAAAGGUAGCUGGAGCCAAGUCCGGCAUUGUAGUUGCUUCGCCCAGCAAGAGUAAUCCAGACUACUUUUACACAUGGACGAGAGACGCUGCAUUGACUAUCAAGUGCCUCGUUGACCAGUUCUUAUCCGGUGGUGCUGCGAGCCUUGAAGAGACAAUCGAAGAAUACAUCAAUUCUCAAGCAUUCUUACAGGGCGUCAGCAAUCCAUCUGGUAGUCUAUGUUCCGGCGGUCUUGGCGAGCCCAAGUUCAAUGUCGACGAGACGCAAUUCACCGGCGCAUGGGGCAGGCCUCAGCGUGAUGGCCCUGCUCUCAGAGCGACGGCCAUGAUUGCGUACUCUCGCUACCUCAUCUCAAAAGGGCAGAACUCGACCGUGGCGAACAUCAUCUGGCCCAUAAUCUCGAACGACCUUUCGUACGUCACUGAAAACUGGAAUCAGACAGGCUUUGACCUGUGGGAGGAAGUCAACAGCUCGUCCUUCUUUACCACGGCCAGCCAAUACCGAGCUUUGGUUGAAGGAAGUGCUCUGGCUGCUCAGAUUGGAAAGAAUUGCACCAACUGCGAUUCUCAGGCCCCACAAGUUCUCUGCUUCCUGCAAUCAUACUGGACUGGGUCGUAUGUCUUGUCCAAUACCGGCGGUGGCAGAUCUGGGAAAGACGCCAACUCGAUCCUGGCAUCCAUUCAUUUGUUCGACCAAAGUGUCGGGUGUAAUGCCAACACAUACCAGCCAUGCAGUGAUAAGGCGCUGGCAAACCACAAGGUGGUCACUGACUCGUUUCGGUCGAUCUAUUCGAUCAACAGCGGUAUUGCUCAAGGCACUGGGGUGGCAGUCGGACGAUAUCCAGAAGACAGCUACCAGGGAGGCAACCCAUGGUACUUGAAUACCGCCGCAGCUGCCGAGCAACUAUACGAUGCUGUCUAUCAGUGGAAGAAAGCCGGCAGUAUCACGAUCACCUCAACCUCGCUGCCAUUCUUCAAGGACGUUUACUCGUCUGCGGCAGCGGGUACUUAUGCUUCAUCGUCCUCGACUUUCACGUCAAUUGUCAACGCAGUGACAAAGUACGCCGACAGCUACAUGGCUGUCGUCGAGAAAUAUGCACCACAAAAUGGGUCAUUGGCCGAGCAGUUUUCUCGAUCGAAUGGCGGUCCACUAUCUGCUGCUGACUUGACGUGGUCGUAUGCAGCCUUCCUAACGGCGUUGAACGCUCGCAAGGCUGCAAUGCCUGCAGCAUGGGGCGCAUCCUCUGCGAAGGUUCCAGGUAGCUGUUCUGCCACUUCUGCCACUGGCCCAUGCAGCACUGCGACCGCCACCUUGCCAGUGUCUUCUGGUACCACUGGCCCUACGAAAACACCGACAACGACGGCUACGACUACCUCCGGUGGCAGCUGUAGCCCAACGCCUACCGCCAUCAACGUCCUCUUCAAAGAGACCGCAACGACGACGUAUGGCGAGAAUGUGUUUAUUGUGGGAAGUAUCUCACAGCUGGGCAACUGGGAUACAAACAGUGCCAUUGCUCUCUCGGCCGCAAACUACACGAGCACCAACAACGUGUGGUUCGUCACUGUGAACAAUCUUCCGGUAGGAACGACCUUCCAAUACAAGUAUAUCAGGAAAGAGUCAGAUGGUAGCAUUCGGUGGGAGAGCGACCCAAACAGGAGCUACACUGUGCCCGCAAGCUGCAAUGGGGCCACGGAGACUGACACCUGGAGAUGA